UACUUCAAAACAUAAACUCAUCUCUCUCUUCAACAAGAUCAUAAUGGCGGAUACUGCUAGAACCCAUCACGACAUAACCAGCCGUGACCAGUACCCGAUAUUGGGCCGAGACCGAGACCAGUAUCCUUACGGACGAUCAGACUACCAGACGUCGGGCCAAGACUACUCCAAGACUAGGCAGAUUGCUAAAGCUGCUACCGCAGUCACCGCCGGAGGGUCCCUUCUUGUCCUCUCCAGUCUCACCCUUGUCGGAACAGUCAUUGCUUUGACUGUUGCCACUCCUCUGCUUGUUAUCUUUAGCCCAAUCCUCGUGCCGGCUCUCAUCACCGUAGCACUUCUCAUCACUGGCUUUCUCUCCUCUGGUGGGUUUGGCAUUGCAGCUAUAACCGUCUUCUCCUGGAUCUAUAAGUACGCAACGGGAGAGCACCCACAGGGGUCAGAUAAGUUGGACAGUGCAAGGAUGAAGCUGGGAACCAAAGCUCAGGAUAUUAAAGACAGAGCUCAAUACUACGGACAGCAACAUACAGGUGGUGAGCAUGACCGUGACCGUACCCGUGGAACCCAUCACACCACCACUACUACAUAAAUCACGCAACAGCCCCCAGUAAUGUCGAUGUCAGGGGAGUCUAGUUCAUGAGGAAUAAGGUGUUUAGAAUUUGAUCAGGGUGGGUAAUAAAAGGGGAAGCAUAUAUCAUCAGUUUUUUUUUCUUUUUUUGUUAUAAAUAAUGUGCAAGUGUGUUUCUCUUGUCAAAUGGUACCAUGUUUUGUUGUGUUAUUCUCUUUGUGGUAAAUUGUAAACCUUUUGCUGUA